UGCAGCGGCCGCAGCGGAGCGCCGCGACCCGCGGGAUCCCCCGCGACACCGGCGGCCCUCGGGAGGGCGGCCGAGCCCCAGGGGAGCCGAGCUCGCGCGGGCUCGGCGUUUUUUCGGCUCUGAGAAGGAACCCCGCCAACCAUCAAGAUUUUGUCCAAAAGCAGACAAGAGGAUCGCCCUGCGCUGAGCCGGCUGGUGGGCAGCAGGCGGCGGCUGAUAGCGGCCGGCGCGCUGGGGGUGGUGAUGGUGCUGCUGCUGGUCAUCCUCAUCCCGGUGCUGGUCAGCUCGGCCGGCACCUCGGCGCACUACGAGAUGCUCGGCACCUGCCGCAUGGUCUGCGACCCCUACGGCGGCACCAAAGCGCCCAGCACGGCGGCCACGCCCGACCGCGGGCUCAUGCAGUCCCUGCCCACCUUCAUCCAGGGGCCCAAGGGGGAGGCCGGCCGGCCGGGCAAAGCGGGGCCGCGGGGUCCGCCGGGGGAGCCGGGGCCGCCCGGCCCGGUGGGGCCGCCGGGUGAGAAGGGCGAGCCGGGGCGGCAGGGCCUGCCGGGGCCCCCCGGGGCGCCGGGGCUGAACGCGGCGGGGGCCAUCAGCGCCGCCACCUACAGCACCGUCCCCAAAAUCGCCUUCUACGCCGGCCUCAAGCGGCAGCACGAGGGCUACGAGGUGCUCAAGUUCGACGACGUGGUCACCAACCUCGGCAACCACUACGAUCCCACCACCGGCAAGUUCACCUGCUCCAUCCCCGGCAUCUACUUCUUCACCUACCAUGUGCUCAUGCGGGGCGGCGACGGCACCAGCAUGUGGGCCGACCUGUGCAAGAACAACCAGGUUCGAGCUAGUGCGAUCGCUCAGGAUGCUGAUCAGAACUACGACUACGCCAGUAACAGUGUGGUUCUUCACCUGGAGCCAGGAGAUGAAGUGUACAUCAAAUUAGAUGGAGGAAAAGCACAUGGAGGAAACAACAACAAAUACAGCACAUUUUCUGGAUUUAUUAUUUAUGCUGACUGAUAAUGAGUAAAAAGACCCACCAAACCAGUCGAGAAACGAAGCCUGCUCUUCUAAGCGAUGGAUUGCGUGGCAAAAGUCAAUGAAACAAGCACCCCAGCAGAGAGUGACCACUGAACACCUCAGCAGUGGGGGGGAAUGUUGAAUGCUACCUGAUUCACAUCUGUACAACACAGAGAAACCUUAUGUUAAAAAACCACAAACCAAGUUAAACAGAUGUGCGAUCCACUUCCGCCAAAGCAAAUACUUCCUCAUUGUUACGUGUCCAUGUGAAUGAAGUUCUGCAUAGAUCAGAUUUUUAUAGGGAAGGAAAGCCCACCUAAGGACACUGAGUUAUUUCUUCAGUGUAUAUGAUACUUUGAUGUGUUAUGAUCUUGCUGCUUUAUCCAUACUUCAGCUUUGGUUCUUGUGACUUACCUGCUAACAAUGAUGCUUGGAGUCCACUCAUAGUGUGGUGAGGAAUGAUUUUACAAUAAAAGGAAGAGGUAAUCAAAAUAUACUUUCUCUCUGCAAAGAAAUUGUUUGCCUUGUACUUUUCUUACCCUUCCACUUAAAACUAGAAACUAAUCAGCUUUAAGCCUUAACUCAAUGUUUCUGUUUUGUAGGUUUACAUUAGACUUUUAACAUAAAAAUCAAUCCAGUGGAGUUAUUUAAAUUUUGUCUUUCCCUUAGCUGUCCUCUAAAAGAAAAUGAUAGAAGAAACACUAUUGUCCCCUGAAGACUAUAACAGUUGACAAACUAUUCUAUUGGACCAUAUCCCCCAUUCCACCAAAGCAAAUGGCAAAAUUCUCACUGCUAUUAGUGGAAAAGGGAUUUUAAUUUGUAUACAUGUAAAUACAUAUUUAGACAAUUAUUAGAGGCCCAUUGUUGAUGGUUAGUUGUGUAAAUAUUUAGAAAGUCUGGCAUUCAUACCAUCAGACUAAGGCAGAGUGUUUUCUUUGCAGCAAUUAGUCUUCAUUAGUCUUCUAGCACUUAGUCUGUACCUAGGUUCUAUUUUUAAUAAAGUAGUUAUGGAUUAAUAUACUGCAGAUGUUCCACUAGAAUGUCAUAGGAAUACAGACAACCUUUAUUGUCUUAGGUGUCUUGUCUCACUGAAGUCAGUGGGAUUUUUCCAACAAAGGAAGAGUGGGAGAUCUGACACAAGAGAAAAUGCUGUCACACAGACCUUUUCCAUGGAAGCUAGUACCAGUUUGUGGUAAGGUGUGCCUAUGAGAUGGACACAGAGAAGCAUUUUACCAAAAAUGAUAACACAUAUGCAAAGAAAGAAGCAGAUAUUUACA